AUGUCCCCAAUUCUCCUUCUCCUCCUCCUCGUCAUCUCCAUCCCUGCUUCACACCAGGAUCUGAUCUACCGCCCGCCAAUCGAACGACCAGUCGCCUAUCACGGUGCGCUGUGCUCGCAAGAAUCACAAUGUCCAGAGGGAUACUGGUGUGAUACGGGAUGUUUUGGAAGCAGUGGAUAUUGUCGAGUUGUUGGAGAUCAUGGUCCGAGAAUCGGAUGGGGAAGAUGA